UUCACAACUAGUUUCUAUUCCUUCUCUGUGUAUACCUCUCCCCAGUUCCAUAUUCUUGUUUUCUUUCUAUUUUCUUCACUUCUCUUUUGAUUUCAAAGGAAAAGAAGCAGAACCCAUUUCUUGUAUUUCACAAAAGCAGCAGAAUUGAUAGCUUAGCACCGAUUUCAGAUCCUUUCCUCUCAGAAGAUUCUAAGAGGUCUGUACAGAAACAAUGGCAAUUUGUACAGUCUACACAACCCAUUCUCUGAAUUCGACCUGUUCAAUCUCCACCCCAACCAAGACUAACUUGGGUUUUCACCAGAGACAAGUAUUCUUCUACAGCACAAGCAAGAAAACCAGCAGGAGGGGCAGCGCCAACUCGUCAGAGAUCACGUGCUCAGUAGAAUCAAAGACAGUUGUGAUUGGGUUGGCAGCAGAUUCUGGAUGUGGGAAGAGUACUUUCAUGAGGAGAUUGACAAGUGUGUUUGGUGGUGCAGCAGAACCACCCAAGGGUGGAAACCCAGAUUCAAACACCUUGAUCAGUGACAUGACCACUGUAAUUUGCUUGGAUGAUUACCACUCACUUGAUAGGACAGGGAGGAAGGAGAAGGGAGUUACUGCACUUGACCCAAGAGCAAACAACUUCGAUCUCAUGUAUGAGCAGGUCAAGGCUCUCAAGGAAGGAAUUGCUGUUGAUAAGCCUAUUUACAAUCAUGUUACUGGUCUCUUGGAUCCUCCUGAGCUUAUCAAACCUCCCAAGAUCCUGGUCAUUGAAGGACUGCACCCAAUGUACGAUCCUCGUGUAAGGGAACUCCUCGACUUCAGCAUCUACUUGGACAUCAGCAAUGAGGUCAAGUUUGCAUGGAAAAUUCAGAGGGACAUGGCAGAACGUGGGCACAGUCUUGAAAGUAUUAAAGCCAGUAUUGAAACCCGAAAACCAGAUUUUGAUACCUACAUUGACCCACAGAAGCAAUAUGCAGAUGCUGUGAUUGAAGUCCUGCCCACCCAACUUAUCCCUGAUGAUAACGAAGGGAAGGUUCUGAGGGUUCGGUUAAUAAUGAAAGAAGGGGUUAAGUUUUUCAGCCCAGUUUACUUAUUCGAUGAGGGUUCCACUAUUUCAUGGAUACCCUGUGGCAGGAAACUGACCUGCUCGUAUCCUGGCAUCAAAUUCAUCUAUGGCCCAGACACAUACUUUGACAAUGAGGUGUCUGUGUUGGAGAUGGAUGGGCAGUUCGACAGAUUAGAUGAGCUUGUUUAUGUGGAGAGCCAUCUGAGCAACCUCUCUACGAAAUUCUAUGGUGAAGUUACACAGCAAAUGUUAAAGCACGCAGAUUUCCCAGGUAGUAGCAAUGGGACGGGUCUCUUCCAGACCAUAAUUGGGUUAAAGAUAAGAGACCUUUAUGAGCAGAUCACCUCCAGCCAGGCAGCAGUUUCAUUAGAAGCAACCAAAGCCUAAUAAUGGGCUUUGACAGAUUCAUCUCCUAUCAUCCUUCAGAGUUAUUUUUUCCUUCAUCUUCAUUGUCGUUGAGUUAGGGCUCUCCCUACAUCGAGAAUAUAUGUAUUUUCUUGUUGCAACCCUGUGGAGAUUUGUAAUAUAGAGAGCAGCAUAGGAGAUAUGGAAUGCUGUUCAAAGAUCAAACACAUUUCUUUUGGAAGUGUUGUUGGACUCUUUGGGCCAAAUGUCUACUUGUAUGACUCAAUUCUUUUCCCUCUCUUUUCAUCAUCAUUCGUUGUCUCAGAUGUGCAAAGAUGACAACCAACUCUGCUGUCAAAAUAGUAAACAAAUUUCCUCUUUUUUUUCCCUUUUUUUCCUCUUGUUCUUCUGGUUGUCAAUGAGAAUUCUUUAUAAAAUAA